GCGCAGCGAAACCGGCGGCGACGCAGCCGGACACAUCAGAUACUGCAGUAGGGAGGUCACAAACACCGGCAUCUCCAGUAUCACCACCGGAUGCACCACCUCCUCCACCACCAGCAUCCAUCACUCCCCAGGCAGAACCAGCACCGGAACCGGCGGCAGCGUCCAAUGCAGGUUCUACAGGAACAUCAUCAGAAACAACACCAUCAACAGGAACAGAUACUACAGUCACAGGAACAGGAGCAGGCACGGGAGCCACUGUUACCAACCCCAGUAGCGGUGCGGAUGCCGUCGUCGAUGGCGGCAACGAUGACCCUCCUCCUCUCAAUCCACCCAAACCAAAACCGAACCCGAACCCCGAUCAAUCCGGUAGUAGUGGCAGUUUCAGUGAUGCUGAUUUGGCAGAUGGAGUUUCUGGUGGGGAAGGAAAAGGCGGAGGUGCCGAAGUUGGUGGUGGGGAAGGAAAGGGAGGAGGGGGUGGUGAACAGGCUGCUGGCGGCACCGGUAGCGGAAGUGCAGGAGGAGGAGGUCGUAGUGGUACUGGCGUUGGUGCUGGUACGGGUGGUAGUAGUGGUGGUGGUGCAGGCGGUGGAGCAGGUGGUAGCGGCACUGAAGUUGGCACCCCUUCCCUUUCGCCUGGCCUCACAUGGGAAGAUGUCAAGCCGUACACCCCCGCGCUCAUUCCCGCGGUGGUUGGUAUCGGGAUCAUUGCGUUCUUCCUAUGGAAGUACUUUGCGUACCUCGCCAAACGACGACGAACAUAUCGAACCGUUCGUGACGUCCCGUCACCGCCACUCGACGACGACAUAUUGGAGCAUCUACAACGCGGCGAGCCGCCACCCGAUUACGGGUACACGAUGGUUAGGGAUACGCAGCCCGGCAGAUUGCCCGCCCGACUACUACGCUCACCACGCGUGAAUCGCCGCACGAUCAUUGAGCUACAUCUAGAAGUGCUCAACGAAUGUGCAGCGGCCGCGUGGGAAAACGUCAAAGACGACUAUUUGCACAUACUUGUGGCGGAGUUUGCGCGCGACUUGGCGCGGGACCCGAUUAUGUGCAGUAGAAUCUUGGAUGCUCCUACCACAAACGAGGGUUUAUCAGGGAUCAAUGUUUCCUCCACCGUGGAUCCAACCACCGAUUCCGACGAAACGGAUGCAUGCCCACCACAUGACCCCGAUGCAUGGACUUGUAUGGAAACCACACAGUUAGCAACGGACCCUUGUCGUCCUAACGAAGAGGACUCCGAUCCAUGGAGUUGUAUGGCAACUAUACCUUUAGCAACGGGCCCUUGUGCACCGAAUGACUGCGAUCCAUGGCGUUGUAUGGAAAACAUACCGUUCGAAAUGGGCCCUUGUCCACCUCAUGACUGCGAUCCAUGGAGUUGUAUGCAAACUAUACAGUUAGAACAACAACAGACUCCUGCUCCCCGUGCAUACUCUUCCGACCCCGGGAAUGAAUGCACGAUCCGCGACCACACCCAUUGGAUUAACUGGAUUGACCGCAACAAGCACCUAUUGCAGGACUGGACGACGCAGCCGUGGUUUCUGCAAUUAAAAGCGGAAUGGAAGCAAUACCUGCUUGCACACAUGGUGGCAAACCAGGAUAACGGAGUAUACGGGCAGCGUGAACUGGGUGCAGCGGCCACCCUGCCGAUGAAGAAACUGCGGUUGUGGAAACAAUGGGUUGCCCAACAAUAUCGGCAAAUGAGUAUGUAUGGCCACGAUGCGUGGUUUCAACAUUUGUUGAAUACUGUAGAGGAGCAGACAGUGCCGGCAAAAGGCGAAGUACCUAUAGCGGAAAAAGGCAUAGAAGUGGACAAAGUAAUGGCCGCAGAAGAUGUUCUAAGAGUGCGCGCUGCACCACGCAAGCAACUGCAUCCGCAACCUUACAUGAAAAAACAAUUAACCGCUCAAAUAUGGAUACUGAUCCUGGCAUUAGUCAUAGAACAGUGCGCGAUCGAGAGUAGCAUGCAAGAGAAGGAGUUAUAUGUGGAUGAUCUAUUGGACAAGCUCUGA